AUGGCCGAGGAUCCUCAGGCGAUGUCCAUCCAGCAGCGCAUCGCCGCCCUGAAACAGGCACAGACUGGACACAGUCCCGAGGCCGCAACUCCGCCGUUCCUGGGACCGCAACCAACUCCCCUGCCGUCGCGUCCAGCCCCUUCGCGGAAUCAAACCAUCAAUAAUCCGCCGGCCAACGCCCUGCCUCCCCCCUACGAAGAAGUUCAACGGAAACCGGCUGUUCGACCGCCGCCUCCACUACCCCCGAACGGCCAGAAACCCAAGGUGCCCCCACCUUUGCCCGUUCGAAAGUGCUCCACGCAAUCGGCACCCGCACUACCGCCGCGCAGACCCUCAGAGAUCUCCCGAAAGACCUCGUUAGAAUCGGUGGCCUCAGAUGUCUCUCGCUCGACUUCUACAAGUGCAGGGAGGACUCCGGGGACCUCGGCGACCUCGAUCGACUCUGUUCGUGGAGUACGAGCCCCCGCGUGGGGUGAGGCGGAGCUUCCUCCCCUACCUCCCAAGCGACAGGAACAGACGUCGCGAUCGCGGCCGUCGACCGCGAAUUCCAGCAGAAGUUGCUCGCAAUCUCGACCAUCACUCCCUGCUCGCCGGGAAUCGACUAAUAGUACGUCGACCGAUGGUGGCUCCUUCGUGAGCCAGCCGCCGCCACCAUUACCCUCUCGGGGUAACAGGGACAAAUCGCCUGGUGUCAAUGCGGAGCCCGCCGUCAGACCACCACCCAGGAAACUUCCUCCGCCGCCACCCUCAAACCAUGUGCUCGAGAAAAUCCAGAAGUCCGGACUUGGAGGAAUAAACAAGAAUUCGGAGGCUUCAGACAGCGCCCCGCCACCUGUCAGCAGACCUCCAAGUUCAAAUGGCCUUUUGGGCAGGAUUCAAAAUUCCGGGUUCGGUGGAAUCACCAAGAUCCCAGAGGUUCCCGAGAGAAGUUCUAGUGAACCUGCUCAAGAAUCUCCUUCCAACGGGGUGCCACCGCCGGUCCCCUUGGCGUCUCGUCCAGACCUCUCCAAAAUCAUGGCAACCAAACCUCGUAUGCAAGGCAAUGGCUUGCCGGCUGCAACGCCGAGCGUGGCCUGCUUGAAGUGCCGCGAUUUCUCGGGCCCGGACGCACACGCAGCGCAAUACCCACGCCAAUCUCUUCCCACCCACGAUAUGACCUGGCUAGCCAGAGAAUUAACCGCGCCAUACCCAUCGCAUACCGACAAAGCCAGGGCACUUUUUACCUGGUUCCAUCAUAACAUAGAGUACGAUGUCCAUUCAUUCUUUAAUAAUUGUGUAAAACCAUCGACCCCCGGUGGGACGCUUGCCUCGGGACUGGCUGUGUGCGAAGGCUAUGCCGGUUUAUUCGCUGCCCUUGCAACCCACGCGGGAAUGGAAGCGAUGGUCAUAUCUGGCCACGGCAAAGGAUUUGGCUACAAUGCUCCAGCCCCAGGCUCUAGCUUACCGCCGUUCAAGGCGAGCCACGCAUGGAACGUGGUGAGAAUCGACAACGGACAAUGGAAACUUCUCGACGCCUGCUGGGGUGCCGGAGUUGUUCAAGGUGCCGGGCAGCCGUAUAAGAAGCUAUUCAAUCCGGCCAUGUUCACCGAUUCGAACGACGAGUUUGGACUUCGUCAUUAUCCUUCAGACCGAGCCCGAUUCUAUCGGGACGACGGGCGACCCGAAAUCAGCUGGGAAGAAUACCUUCUGGGCAAUCCAAACUCCCCGCUUGGCGCCGAGCAGCCGAUGAUAUUCACGGACGCAAAGAAGCACAACAUAGGAGAGCGCUCCUUCCGACCGGACGCCAAGCAAAUCUCGGUCCAGCAGUCAGGGCCGAUACGGUUCCAGUUCGGGCUCAUUUGUGAGCACUGGACAUUGGCGAACCACAGCCGAGCCAAGCCUGGGCUCUUCCUGUUGAUGGUUCACGGUGUGGACGGCCGGAAGGACGACAGGCUGCCUUUUACCCAUGCACGGGGCCCCGGACCGAAUGGGGACGGGGAUCUCUGGUACGUGGACGUGCCGGACGCCAGAGUCUUGGGAGCACCGGGACAGAAGCUGCAAAUUGCCGUCCUUACUACUUUCGGCGACCAGAAGGACGCUCGGGGGGUAACAGCGGAAGAAUAUCGGCGACAAGUUGGCCGAGUGGGCAUGUCCUGGGCUUACAUUGCGGAGUGGCAGCUGAUGUGA